UGCCUUGGAUAUUAUUAGUAGUGUUCUCUUUUGUUAAAUAGGGUUUAAGAGUUGGAGUCAUAUAGAAUGGGUUGUUUAUUAUCUGGUCGUAGUGUUGGGGUUUUAAUUCUCUUGUUUGUGUUUGUUGUGGAAAGUUAUGUGGUGUUUGGUGAUGACGUUACGAGGGGAGUUGAAGAUGAUGAAAAGUUUCUAUUUAAGCAUCGUCGUUUUGGUGAUCGUUUUGGUGGGUUUAAACAUGGUGGAGGUCUUGGUGUUGGUGGAGGAGCUGGUGGUGGUCUAGGUGGAGGUGCGGGUGGUGGAGGUGGUCUUGGAGGAGGAGCUGGUGGUGGUCUAGGCGGAGGAGGUGGUCUUGGUGGUGGUGCUGGUGGUGGCUUAGGAGGUGGUGCAGGUGGUGGUCUUGGAGGUGGUGGUGGUCUAGGCGGAGGAGGUGGUCUUGGUGGAGGUGCUGGUGGUGGCUUAGGAGGUGGUGCAGGUGGUGGUCUUGGUGGAGGAGCUGGUGGCGGCUUAGGAGGUGGUGCAGGUGGUGGUCUUGGUGGAGGUAUUGGAGGAGGAGCCGGAGGAGGUGUUGGGGGUGGAGCUGGUGGUGGUAUUGGAGGAGGUGCUGGUGGAGGCAUUGGAGGAGGAGCCGGAGGGGGUGGAGGCAUUGGAGGAGGAGCUGGAGGAGGUGGUGGCAUUGGUGGAGGUGCUGGGGGUGGAGCUGGUGGUGGUAUUGGAGGAGGUGCUGGUGGAGGCAUUGGAGGAGGAGCUGGAGGGGGUGGAGGCAUUGGAGGAGGUGCUGGUGGUGGAGCUGGUGGAGGCAUUGGAGGAGGAGCUGGAGGGGGUGGAGGCAUUGGAGGAGGUGCUGGUGGUGGAGCUGGUGGAGGCAUUGGAGGAGGAGCUGGAGGGGGUGGAGGCAUUGGAGGAGGUGCUGGUGGUGGAGCUGGUGGAGGCAUUGGAGGAGGAGCUGGAGGGGGUGGAGGCAUUGGAGGAGGUGCUGGUGGUGGAGCUGGUGGAGGCAUUGGAGGAGGAGCUGGAGGGGGUGGAGGCAUUGGAGGAGGUGCAAUUGGUGGUGGAGCAGGUGGCGGUGUAGGAGGUGGUUUUGGUGCAGGUGCAGGUGUUGGAGGAGGUAUCGGUGGUGGUGGAGGAGGUGGUGGUGGAGGUGCAGGAGGAGGUUUUGGAGCAGGUGGAGGAUUUGGUGCCGGUGCUGGUGCUGGUACUGGAGGUGGAGUUGGUGGUGGCGGUGGCUUUGGUGGUGGUGGCGGCAUUGGUGGUGGUCUUCAUUGAUCAACAAAGUUUCACUCUUCUUGCAUGCAAUAAUAAGCAAGGGGUAGUAAUGUUCUCCUAUUUACUCUUAGAAGUGCCCUAGGUGCUCUUAUAUCAAGUGGUUAAUCACCUUUAUUAGUUGUUAUUCUUUGAAAAACUUGUUGAAAUUUGAUAUUCCUAGUAACUAAACAAGUUCAUAUCUAUCAUACAUAUAUUCUUCUUUUGUUGUUGUUGAGUUAAAGCAAAAGCUUUUGUCCAUCUUGUCAUCAUUAAUAAAUAUAGUUCUAUUCUCAAGUU